AUGCGUAAAGCCCAUCUUUUGUGGCUGCUAGCCACGGGCGCUGGUACCAACGCCCAAGUCCAUAUGCAGUGGACGACCGACCAAGGUGCCGGAGUUAGCCCGUCGAUAAUCGGCCCCGAUGGUCCUUGGCAGGGCGUUAUCGUAAAUGUCAACGGACAGGACACGGCAGUAUACCCUAGCGGCUCAGAUGCCUCUCAACUGCUUACACCCGAGGUCAAAGGCUUGUACAAGCCCGCGGAUUCGAAAACCGCCGUCAAGACAGGGUCUCAUAGAGGCAAUGCCGACCCAUGGUUCAGCAGCGUAUAUCUCAAUGGAGGUUUCUUUGGAUUCGAAUAUUACGACACCAUGACUUUGAAAACAGGACCUGGUGGCGUCGAUAGCCUCAAAGUGAAUGCCAGUAUCAUCGCCGCGGACGAUUGGCAAGAGCAAAAUGAAGGCAAUGCGUCAAGCUACAUGUCAAAUACCGGAUUGCUAGGCCUCGGAUCCAUCAAGACAUCAGCCCACCGCGAAGACGAUAACCGAAGUUCUCUUCUUCAGCAGUUGAAAACGGCGGGAAAAAUCGACCGGUUGGCCUUUGGGCUACAUCUAGGUAGCGUGGCGCAGAACAUCUCUGGCUCGCUCAUCCUGGGCGGUUAUGAGCAAAACAGAGUGCUCGGUCCCGUCGGCUCAUUUGGGAUAACUGAAGGGGUCCCGCUGGUGUUCCUUCGCGAUGUGGUCAUGGGUGUCGAAAAGGGCAACUUCUCAUCCUUUCCAGCGUCCCCGUCUGCAAGCCACUGGGUCAAUCCUACAGAAACAGGCCAACAAAUCGCCAAAAACGUAGGUGCUGCAGGUUCGGCUGUGGUGAUUCCCAACCCGGCUUCGCCGUACAUUUAUCUCCCUCCAGGUAUUUGCGAAGGAAUUGCGAACAACUUAGGCUUGACCUACCGAAAAGACAUUGGCCUUUAUCUUUGGAACUCGAGUCGCCCUGGCUCGGUCUCUGAUUUUGUCAACUCCCCGUCCUACCUCGCAUUCGUCUUUGCGGACAAGACUGCAACCAAUAUUACCGUCAAAGUCCCUUUCAAGCUUCUCAAUUUGACACUGGAGCCCCCUCUUGUGACCGAAAAGGUCAACUACUUCCCCUGCAAGUCUAUUGACACCGAAUACGGCUUUUGGCAGCUGGGUCGCGCAUUCUUACAGGCGGCUUUCCUGGGUGUAGACUAUGAUAACGACAGCCUGUACUUGGCUCAAGCUCCGGGGCCUGCUUUGGAGCCAAGUGUUGUACAAAAAUUCGACAACGAGGCCAUCAAGAGCAACCCGUCCUCGUCAUUCGCGAGCACAUGGAGUACCUCAUGGACUGAAGCUUCCAACAACAGUGCCAGUGAUCCAGUGAAGAAGGACAACGCCAUGAGGACCGGAGGGAACGUGGGAGUUGCCGUCGCUGUAGUCGUAUUUGUCGUUGCGGCGCUCCUUCAGUAA